AUGGAGGCUGCACAGCAGUCAUGGGAGCUCUCGAACGCAAUCAGCGUGUUCGAUCCACAACGUGAUGCUCUCUACCAAUAUGAUGAAGCUAAACAAAAGGCUCUGAACACGGCACGUCCCUGGGCCAAAGACCCGCAAUACUUCAAAUCCGUCCGCAUUGCCGCGUCAGCACUACUGAAAAUGGUGAUGCACGCUCGAUCAGGCGGCAAUCUCGAGGUUAUGGGUCUAAUGCAAGGCUAUAUCCUGGAGGAAACAUUCGUAGUUACAGACGCGUUCCGGUUACCGGUCGAAGGCACAGAGACCCGCGUCAAUGCCCAAGAUGAGGCAAACGAGUACAUGGUGUCUUAUCUGCAGUCGUGUCGAGAUGCUGGACGCAUGGAUAAUGCUGUCGGAUGGUACCAUAGUCAUCCGGGCUAUGGAUGCUGGCUUUCUGGAAUCGAUGUCGCGACGCAGGCUACGCAGCAGAUGUCUGGGCCAUUCGUUGCUGUCGUUAUUGAUCCGGACCGUACCAUCUCUGCUGGCAAGGUUGAGAUUGGGGCUUUCCGUACUUUCCCUGACAACUAUACGCCGCCUAGAGGCGCUGUGCAGGAUGAUGAGUAUCAGACUAUCCCACUUGGCAAGGCGGAGGACUUUGGCGCACAUGCAAACAAGUAUUACUCUCUCGAAACGACCCAUUUCAAGAGCACACUCGAUUCAGAACUCUUGUCACUGUUGUGGAAUAAGUACUGGGUUGCAACUCUCAGUCAAAGUCCAUUGUUUACGUCCCGCGACUUCGGUAGCAAGCAGAUAGUCGAUCUCAGCCAAAAGAUCCGCAAUGCUGGAGCAAAUACAACUGCGGUACAAGCAGUCGCACCAUACUUCAAAACAGAUACGACGGGACGCAAGCACAAUCGAAAUGGGCAGUUGGAUAAGGUUGUUCGUGGAGGGCAGCGGAUCGUAUCGGAGGAGGUCAAAGGUCUUGUGGCGUCCGAUGUGAAGUUGAAGCUAUUCAAGGAUGUCGGAAAUAAAUCCGCUCCAACCGUCUAG